UGGAACACAUACAGUAAUACAUGUAAUAAAAACAUAACAGCAAUGAUGUCAGUUCUUUCAGAACUUUUGGAAAGGGGUAAAUUUAAGUGGCUGAACUUAGUUGCAGUCGUAUAUGAUGAUGGCAAUGUGAAACAAAUACAAACAUACAAACAGUUGUUCACCAUUGCAGAAAAGGUUUCCGACGCUUUAAGGAAGAAACUGGACAGCAACUUGGUUAUUGCCAUAUGUAGAAACACUGAUCUGCUUACUCCAGCUAUUCUCUGUGGAAUACUCGGAUGUGGUGCUGCAUUCUAUAAUUUUGACAAGCAUGCUGUAGAGAGAACAGCUGGAAUGUUUCGUUUAAUGGGUGUAUGUGCUGUACUAGUACAGGAUGAUUGUACACAGGUAAUAGAAAGCCUUAUUCAGUUAUGUGGUGGAGAGAUAGCAGCAAAUUCCUUUCUUUCAUCAUUAGGAUUAAUACUCUUAAAAAUCCCAGAAAGAAAUGAGAUGCAUGUGAAAGAAAGAAUCCAGAAUAUUGCUUAUUAUAUUACUACAUCUGGUUCCACAGGUCAACCUAAACUAGUUCAGGUCCCACACAGAUGUAUCAUCCCGAAUAUCACACACAUCAGGAGCAUAUAUGAUAUGAGGAGUAAUGAUGUGGUCUUGCUUUGUUCACCUUUAACCUUUGACCCCAGCAUUGUAGAAAUCUUCAUAACUCUGACAAGUGGGGCCAGUCUUUUGAUUGUACCUGAUCACAUUAAGCUAAAGACCAAGGAAAUACUUCCUAUCAUCUACAGAAGGAACAGAGUCACUGUUAUUCAGGCAACACCUUCCUUGAUACAAAGAAUACACCCUAGUGAUUUAAGAAACACAAUCCUGAGUAGAUCUUCCAGCCUGAGAAUAUUGGCCCUAGGGGGAGAGAAGUUUCCUCCCCUUAACAAGAUUCGUGAGUGGAGAGCCCCCAACAACAAAACAAAGUUUAUCAAUCUGUUUGGGAUCACAGAAGUCUCCUGCUGGUCAUUUUACCAUUGUCUGAAUGAUGAGAAAUUCUGGUGUGAUAGUGAAGACGUUCCUCUUGGAAUACCAUUAGCACAGUCCACAUAUAAGAUAGUGAAUGAAGAAGGUGUGGAGGUAUUAGAAGGAGAGGGAAAGUUAUAUUUAGGUGGUUAUGACAGGCUGUGCAUGGUAGAUGAAGAGAUUCUGAUAUUCAAAUCUGAAAAGCUGCAGAAUUUUCGGGACUCUGGAGAUAUUGUUCGAAUUGAUUGUGAGAGGAGGAUAUUUUAUGUUGGCCGACACGAUAGACAGGUCAAGAGGAAUGGAUGUCGUCUUAAUCUCGAAGAAAUAGAAAAGAUUAUACUAUCAGAAUCCCAGGUUUCUGACUGUAAAGCAGUGAUAGAUGAUGGAAGACUGGUUGUUUUUGUAAUUCCCAAACAGGAUAUGGAAAUUGACCGUAUCAUAGAAUAUUUACAAUCAAUUAUUGAAAGGAAGCUUCCUAGACAUUAUAUCCCCGAUAACAUUGUUCCUGUCCAAGAUUUUCCUAUCACCAAACACGUCCCGUCACAAAUUAUCCACUCAUACUGAGACGUCACCAGUUGUAGAUGAAGUACCACAAAUUUAAACCUAUGCUAACUGCUUACUACCAUAGCAGUUAAAGGUUCUUUAUCAUGCCAACGCCUGCUGUGACAUGGGACCUCCAUUUUUAAGGUCAUAUCCAAAAGAACCGUGAUUCUCACUUCUAAAAGGCGAGUAUUUGGAGUAGUAAUUACUACCUAUGUUUACAUUUUAUGUUUGAUGCGGUCAUGCCACUACCGGGGCUAGAACUCAUGACCUCCUUGCUAUAAAGAGAAUUCUGUUACACUGAGCUACCCUGACUGGUAACUACAUGCUAGUGUUUAUUCAACAGUUGUCAGUGAGGUGCAAAGAUUAACCAUGGAGAUAAAUACUAGCAUUAAUCUUUUUGUGUUAAAAUUGUGAGUGAUGCAAUGCAUUUUUUUUUUUUCAUUAGCUGAAAAAGAUAAGAAUGUAUAAAAAAAUUAGACAAGUACAUACAUACAUGCAUGAAAAGUAGUUAAACGUUAAUCAAAUGAUUUGCAUUGUAAUGCAUUGAUGUGUUUGUUCAUCUACACGUACAUUGUUUUAUACAUGGACGUAAUAUGUCCGUGCAAUUAAACAUAUCAACUGCAGAGGAUAAGACUAAUAUCAGUGAAUAUAUAUACAAAAAUUAAAAGCAUUUUACGAAUAUCCUAAUAAUUUCAUACUAGGCAAGUUCAUGGUACAGUGAAAACUACCUAAUCUGACACCUGAGCAAUCCGUUUCACUGCCGGGCAUUCCGACCCUUAUUUUCAUUCUCAGUUUCAUAUUUUCCCUGUUUUUUUACAUUGUUUAUUCUGAUACACUCUGUAUUCUGACCAAAAAAAAACUUGUCUCCUAGUGCCUGUCGGAUUAGACAGGUUUCACUAUAUGUGAUUUUACAUGAUUUUAUGAUAAGCAAUUGUAUGAUUAAGAAAUGAAAUAUAUCAAAUGUAGUUUGCUAUUGAUGUCAAUCUCCUGUCCUCAUGUAGAUGUUACUCAUGCACUCAUCAAAAUUUUCUGGGACUUAAGGUAAUUCCCCAUGGCCCAUACCACGUCAAAUAACGUUAGAAACGUUAUUUAUGAGUCACGAACGUUAUGACACAUUCAUGCAACGAACCCGAUGGCAUUUUGGCAAAUUUUGUAGACUGUGUUAGGACUGAUUGUUUGAAAGUAAACAAUAAAAAUUUAGAAUUAAAAAAACAACAACAAACGAAUCGCAUUAAUAUUAACUAGCCGGUUUUAUACAAGACAACGCUCGGGAGAGAAAAUGCUUAUAGUUAUAUACAUCGCGAAGUCGUAAACUCUGCAUAAACAUUGCGUUAUGACACAGUCGUUUAGUAAUUCCCGUGAGAUUUCUGCAAAUAUUACAGAUUAUGAUAUUAAGUCGUGUUGCCAACUUUCAAUUUAUCUAUUGUAGGACAUUUCUUUUGUGUGAUUUCUGAUCAUUAAUGAUCGGUAGAAAUAUCGAAUCUCCUAUAUACAACAAAAUGCUAAUUUUUGUGUGCUUCAUGAAGGCCUACUGACAGUUACAUAUUUUUGUUGUUUUCCUUAUGAUUUAUUUAAACCUGAAAAAAUACGAUCGAUGUCGUCAUGGUCUAAAUGUUGUACAAGGUGCAAAUAGGUGGCGGUUUGAUUUGAACUAGAUACUUUAAGUCUAGUUUCAGAAUUCGGGAGAGAGAAAAUGGGGAAUAUAAUUAUUUAGAAUUAAUUAUGAGCGUCGGUGACUGGAGUCGCUCUUCAGAAUGACCGUUUCACAUUUUGCCAGAACUGACUAGGGUAUGGUCUGUAAAAGUUGUACAUGGUGCAAAUAGGUGGCGCUUUGAUUUGAACUAGAUACUUUAAGUGUAGUUUCAGAAUUCGGAAGAGAAAAAAUGGGGAAAAUAAUUAUUUAGAAUUAAUUAUGAGCGUCGGUGACUGGAGUCGCUCUUCAGAAUGACCGUUUCAUAUUUUGCCAAAACUGACUAGGGUAUGGUCUGUAAAAGUUGUACAAGGUGCAAAUAGGUGACGCUUUGAUUUGAACUAGAUACUUUAAGUGUAGUUUCAGAAUUCGGGAGAGAGAAAAUGGGAAAAUAAUUAUUUAGAAUUAAUUAUGAGCGUCGGUGACUGGAGUCGCUCUUCAGAAUGACCGUUUCAUAUUUUGUCAGAACUAACUAGGGUAUGGUCUGUAAAAGUUGUACAAGGUGCAAAUAGGUGGCGGUUUGAUUUGAACUAGAUAAUUUAAGUGUAGUUUUCUUCAUUAUAUUUCAGGCCAAAUAAAAACAUGUGUGGUUACAGUUACCCGACAGUCCCUAAUUUUUACCCCCGACCCUCAACUAUCUUUUUUUUUUUUGGUGUUUAAUAUUUCCAAAAUUCGUUACCAUAUACAAAUACAAUACACACCUUUUUCAAGAUUUUCUUUUAUGAGAAGGGGUUAACUUUAUUUACCACUAUAUAUAAAUUUUUGACCCGUUUUCCUUCAGGUGAAGCUUAAAGUUCUUUCAUAGCCAAUAUAUAGAUACCGCUAAAAUGCUAAGCUGUAAACACUUACAACAGGCCAUCUAACGUUAGACAGAGAGUGACAUAGAACUAAAAAAUGCUUAAAUAAACAAUAGUGCAAAAUUCAGUUUGUCUGAAUAUACUGAGCAAUCACCCUACUUAUUUUUGAAAAAGUAAGAAAGAUUUAAAAACUUGGAAGGGUUUGAAAACUGUAACCUGGUUGAAAUAUGACAACAUGAUUUUGACAAAUGCACUGAUUUUGUUCUGCAUUUUUAUUUUUUUUUAAAUAUAUAUAUAACUCUUAGAAUUGUAAAAACUAGGGUGAUCCCUACCAAUUUUGAGAAGUAUAUGUAAAUGGUAUAUGCAAGGAAGUGACGAUAAAAGGAAACUGUUUCCAUCUAAAGUCUAUAAUAAAAAAGAAAUUAAAUAUCAUUCCUACAUACCAACACUAUCUUUCAAGGGAUUGUAACUGAAACCACACAUAUUAUUUUAUUUCGCCUCUUCAUUUUGGCUAUCUAUUAUAACAUUUAUUUUUAUUCAUUCCAAAUUAGAUCAUACUUUUUAAAUCAAGCACUGAAAUGUUUUAAAGCUUCAUUCUAAUUGUUAAUAUUUUGUUUUUACUUACUAAGAAAAUUUCAGGACUUUAUUUUUCAUUUGGGUUUAAAUUUUUAUUCAAAAUUAU